AUGAGUGAUCAGGAAUUUAAGAAGACACAACGACUGGCUCUUUUGCAAUCGAGGAGUAUUCUAGGAAUAUUGGCCAAUCUCCCCCUCUCUCAAGAAAUCCCUUCCUUUAAUAAGCAUAUGAAAAUUGCAUACAAUACUGAAAAUAGUACAAUCCCAACACAUUUCCAUACCAUCAACUUCCCAGUCAUCCCAUGUUCAAGUAAAAAGGUCACUUACUUGUAUAUGCAGGUUCACUACUAAAAGGAAAUUAUAUUCUCUCCACAACCAAAAUUAGCACAAAAACCAUUCACUCAAAGAGAAGAUGCUGAAAUGACCACUUUGCAUCAAAUUCAAAAGAGUUUCAGAAAAAGAACCAAGGCUUCUUCUUAGAUAACUGAAACUCUGGAAUACUUUAUUUGCACUGUGAACUGA